UUGCUUGUUUGGUUCUUUUUGUCUCUGUUCUUGUUGCCUCUCUGACUUUUCUGACGGACGAUUUCAUUAUGGGACAGACGGUGGCUACACCCUUAUCUCUCACCCUUGACCACUUCUCAGAAGUGAAAUAUAGGGCACAUAAUCUCUCAGUGGAAGUUAGAAAAGCAAAGUGGCAAGCCUUUUGCUCCUCGGAAUGGCCUGCUUUUCAGGUUGGAUGGCCACCGGAGGGUACCUUUCACCUUGACACGAUUCUCGCUGUUAAGACUAAGACUCUCCAAGCAGAGGGGGGCCAUCCUGAUCAGGUACCUUAUGUCCUAACCUGGGAGGAUAUUGUUCGCCAUCCACCCCCCUGGGUGCACCCCUUUGUUCUCCCCACAGAGACUCCAUCGACAACUGUUUGUGCGGUUAAGGAAGAGGAGAAAAAGAAAGUGCUCACUUCUCCAGGAGCAGACCUCCUCCUUUUUGACCUUCUGCCCCCUUAUCCACCAGCCAUGGCCCCUACCCCUGCCAGUUCCCUGGCCGGUUCUCCUGCCAGACCUCCGACCAUUUCCCCUGUCAGUUUCCCAGAGGCUGUCAGUUCUCCCUCGGGGCCUAAGGCGGGGCUAGCAUGCAACUUUUCUAGUCCCUUCACAGGUCCCUCAUCAGGAGCUGUUGGUCCCUCAGAGCUGCUGCAGCAGACACCAUCGGCACCUCCGCAGACACCGCCAGAGGUCCCGCUGCACUCACCAGCUGACACUGCUCAGAAUGAACGGGGCCCAGCAGCUGGAACACGAAGUCGCAGAGCAACCCAGCUGGACUCGGUGGCUCUCCCGUUGCGAGCCUAUGGAUUUCCAGAGGGGGAUGGGCAAUACCCCUUUCAGUACUGGCCUUUUUCCACAGCUGAUCUCUACAAUUGGAAGGCUCACAAUCCCCCUUUUUCUGAGAACCCCCAAGCCUUGACUGACUUAUUUGAAUCUGUCCUUUUCUCUCACCAGCCCACUUGGGAUGAUUGCCAACAGCUUUUACAGACACUCCUGACUACCGAGGAGAGGGGACGAUUUCUUCUAGAAGCAAGGAAGAAUGUCCCGGGGGCGGAUGGGAGGCCUACAGUUCUCCCCGACGAGAUUAAUAAUGGGUUUCCUCUCUCUCGUCCUGAUUGGGAUUACAAUACACCAGAAGGUAGGCAGCACUUGAAGGUUUACUGCCAGACUCUAAUGGUGGGUCUCCGUGGGGCUGCUCGAAGACCCACCAAUUUGACUAAGGUAAGAGAAGUGGUCCAGGGGCCGGAGGAAUCUCCUGCAGCCUACUUAGAAUGGCUGAUGGAUGCAUUCCACUGGUUUACUCCCAAUGACCCUGCUUCAGAUGAGCACAGGGCAACAGUGGCUGUAUCUUUCAUAGAUCAGUCAGCUAGGGAUAUUCGUAGGAAACUUCAGAAAUUAGAAGGUCUGCAGGAUAAGUCAUUGAAGGAUUUAGUGCAAGUAGCAGAGAAAGUCUUCUAUAGUCAAGAAACAGAAGAAGAAAAAGAAGAAAGGAAACAGAAAGAACAGGAGAUAAGAGAGGAGAGAGAGAGAGAGAGAGAGAGAGAGAGAGAGAGAGACAAGAGGCAGGAUAAAAAAUUGACUAAGAUUCUGGCCACCGUAGUUCAGGAAAGUCGUACUGAAAGGGAGAGAGUUCCUGGCAACCGUAAGGGCCCUUUGUCUAAGGACCAGUGUGCCUACUGCAAGGAGACGGGACACUGGAGGAGGGAUUGCCCCAAAAGGAAGAAGAAGCAGCUGAAUUCUCGAGCCACAGGGACCAGGGUCCUGACCUUAAACAAUGACAGCGAUUAGGGAGGACGGGGUUCGGUUCCCCUCCCCGAACCCAGGGUAACCCUCAAGGUGGAGGGGAAGCCAGUCCAUUUUCUAGUGGAUACUGGCGCUCAGCAUUCAGUUCUGUUGCAAGACUCAGGGGCUAAGAAAGAAAAAAAAUCAUGGGUUCAAGGGGCCACUGGAUGUAAGCAAUAUACAUGGACUACCCGAAGAACAGUGGACCUUGGAGUGGGCCGGGUAUCCCACUAGUUCUUAGUCAUGCCUGACUGCCCAUACCCAUUGCUGGGAUGGGAAAUCCUGACCAAAAUAGGAGCCCACAUCUAUUUUAACCCAGAAGGCACACAGGUUACAGAUAAAAGAGGGGAUCCUAUUCACGUGCUUACAAUUCACUUGGAAGAUGAAUACCAGCUAUUUAAAAAUUUAAAAGAGGGGGAAAAAGACAUUGACUGGUGGGUAAAAAAAUACCCUGAGGCCUGGGUUGAAACAGCUGGCUUAGGGAAAGCAAGAAAGCAACCGCCAGUCCAGAUAGAACUAAAACCUCAGGCAGCCCCAGUUGCAGUGCGGCAGUAUCCAAUGUCUAAGGAAGCCCAUGAUGGGAUUCGCCCUCAUAUACAGCGACUCCUUGACCUAGGGGUUUUGAAAAGGUGUCAAUCUGCUUGGAAUACUCCAUUACUGCCGGUCCAGAAGCCUGGGAGCAACGAUUAUCGGCCUGUGCAAGACCUGAGGGAAGUUAACAAACAGGUUAUGGACUUACAUCCAACAGUCCCCAACCCGUAUAACCUGCUGAGCUCCCUUCCCCCUGACAGAGCCUGGUAUACUGUUCUAGACCUUAAAGAUGCAUUCUUUUGUCUUCAACUUAGCCCUGCCAGCCAAGACAUUUUCGCUUUUGAAUGGAAAGAUCCCGACUCCGGGGUUUCGGGCCAACUAACAUGGACUUGACUUCCCCAAGGAUUUAAGAAUUCUCCUACCAUAUUUGAUGAAGCCCUGCACCGAGACCUGGCACACUUCCGGGCCACAAAUACUCAGGUAACUCUUCUCCAGUACGUGGAUGACAUCUUACUAGCUGCAGAUUGUCAGAAAACCUGUCUCAAAGCCACUGGCCAACUGUUACAAGAAUUGGGCGAACUCGGCUAUAGAGCAGCAUCAGCAAAGAAGGCCCAGAUAUGCCAGAAAAAGGUCAGUUACCUGGGGUAUAUACUAAAGGAAGGAAAAAGAUGGUUAUUGGAGGCUAGAAAAGAGACUGUUCAUAUUCCCCCUCCACGAACUACAAAACAACUGAGGGAAUUUCUUGGUACAGCGGGGUUUUGCCGAUUAUGGAUUCUUGGGUUCGCUGAAAUGGCAGCCCCUCUGUAUGCCCUUACAAAGGGCAAUGACUCGUUUUCCUGGGGAAAAGAUGAACAGGCUGCAUUUGAUAAUAUUAAACAGGCUUUAAUGUCAGCUCCAGCCUUGGGACUUCCUGAUGUCAUUAAACCUUUUCGUCUCUAUGUGGCCGAGAACCAGGGAAUGGCUAAAGGGGUGUUAAUUCAAAAGAUUGGACCCUGGAAGAGACCGGUAGCUUAUCUAUCUAAAAAGCUUGAUCCAGUAGCAGCAGGAUGGCCGACCUGCCUUCGGAUAAUAGCAGCAGUGGCCGCAUUGGUAAAGGAUGCUGACAAGCUGACCUUGGGACAAGAUCUUACUGUUUAUGCCCCUCAUGCCCUUGAGAGUGUUGUCAGAUAGCCACCUGAUCGCUGGCUCACGAAUGCGCGCAUGACUCAUUAUCAAACUUUGCUUUUGAAUAAUGACAGGAUUACUUUUGCCCCAGCAACUGGGCUAAACCCUGCCACCCUGUUACCAGAUCCAGAGAUUCAGCCCCCAGAGCAUGAUUGCUUGCAGGUGUUGGCGGAAGAACAGGGAUGGCGAAAGGACUUAAAAGACCAGCCUCUGCCAGAUGCUGAGGUGAUAUAUUACACAGAUGGGAGUAGCUUUUUGGAAAAUGGAGAAAGAAAAGCGGGAGCAGCGGUGGUGGGUGGACACAAGGUAAUAUGGGCCCAAGCGCUGCCUGAAGGCACCUCUGCUCAACGAGCAGAACUAAUUGCCUUAACUCAAGCAUUAACUUUGGGGAAAGACAAAAAGAUAAACAUCUACACUGACAGCAGGUAUGCCUUUGCUACUACAGCCCAUGUGCACGGGGCCAUCUACCAGCAGAGAGGCCUAUUGACGUCAGCCGGUAAAGAAAUUAAAAAUAAAAAUGAAAUCUUGGCCUUGCUCAAUGCCUUACUACUGCCCACCAAGGUAAGCAUAAUUCACUGCCUGGUACAUCAGAAGGGAAAUUCCAAGGCAGCAAAGGGAAAUAACAUGGCUGAUCAGGAGGCUAAAGCAGCUGCUAGAGGAAGUCCUGCUCCAAUGAUAUUAACUACUGAAUUGCCAGAGAAGGAACAGCUAAAAUACUCAGAGGAUGACCUGGAGCAAAUACAGAGAAAACAAGGGACAUUCGAUGCUAAUGUGGGAGCAUGUAUUGACUCCAAAGGUAAGGUCAUUUUGCCACAGGAAGAUGCUAAGAGACUAAUAGCGCAAAUGCAUCAAUGGACUCAUUUAGGGGCAAGGAAAUUGACUGAAAUUGUUCUCCAAUCUCCUUAACGAAUACUAAACCUCACUGCUCUAACCGAAAAAGUGACUCAGACAUGUAUCCCUUUCCAAAAGGUAAACGUAGGAAAGAAUUUCCAAAGCUCGGGAAAACGGUUAAGGGGAACUAGACCUGGAAUGCAUUGGGAAGUGGACUUUACCGAGAUCAAGCCGGCCAGGUAUGGAAAUAAAUAUUUUCUAGUCUUUGUAGAUACCUUCUCAGGAUGGGUGGAAGCUUUUCCCACUAAGAAAGAGACUGCUCUGGUUGUAGCCAAGAAGAUUUUAGAAGACAUUUUUCCCCGGUUUGGAGUUCCAAAGGUAAUCGGGUCAGACAAUGGGCCAGCCUUCGUUGCUCAGGUAAGUCAGGAGGUGGCCAGAUUUUUGGGGACUAAUUGGAAAUUACAUUGUGCAUAUAGACCCCAAAGUUCAGGACAGGUAAAAAGCAUAAAUAGAACUCUAAAAGAGACCCUUACUAAAUUGACCAUGGAGACUGGAGGUGACUGGGUGGUACUCCUCCCUCUGGCUCUUUUUAGGGUCAGGAAUACUCCUUCCUUGUUGAAUCUCACGCCUUUUGAACUAUUGUAUGGAGUUCCUGCUCCCUUGACUCUCCUGGGAGACCCUCUUGACAUAACUAGUGGUAACUCUGACUUGUUGUCCAGGUUAAAGGGACUGCAGCUUAUUCAAAAAGAAAUCUGGAACAAGGUUGGCAGUGCAUAUGCGCCAGGAUCCUUAGAGGUGCCACAUCAGUUCCAAGUUGGAGACUUGGUUUAUGUACGGCGACACCGUAGUCAAAAUUUGGAACCCCGGUGGAAAGGUCCUUACUGCAUCCUGCUCACCACCCCAACGGCUGUGAAGGUAGAAGGCAUUGCUGCUUGGAUCCACGCAUCACACGUCAAUCCCGCUCCAGAGGACUCCACUUCUGACUGGAAAAUCCAGCCCAGUGACAAACCCUUAAAACUUAAACUUGCUAAGAAUGUUAGCCGUGGGUGA